UCAGUUUGUUUGCGAGUCCCUUCCUUGUUUUCCACCUACCCAUAAACGGGACAAGGAAAUCGGAGGUGGUGGCGGGGAGCGGUCACUUCGGGCAUCAGGUUUCGAGUUUCGCCCGAAAUUCAGACCCGGAAGCGGGUGGGGGCGAUCGAGGAAAGCGAUGGAUGAAUUAGUUGUCUCCUCUGGAAAGGACUUCACUGACCACCCUUCUGAAAGUCUUCUGGAGCCAUCAGAAGAUCCAGACUCAUCCUUGACUGAAGAGUCAUCUUCUAAUAUCAACCCUCCCUGUCGUUUUUUCUUGGAGGGACGCUGCCAUUUUGGUGCCCGCUGCCAAAACUAUCAUCCUGGUGAUGGUGGUGAGGUUCACCAUUUAAAAGAUUGUGGACUUGUUCAUGUUCCUUCCUUGCCGCUCACAGAAGGGAAGAAACCUGCCAUGAAGACAGCUGAGGAUGUCAUUUCCCGACUCCUCUGGGAUACACAGGUACCUGCUGAACAAUUUUCUAUUGGCUACCUUGACCGGUUCUUGGGCAUCUUGGAGGAAUCUUUUACUUCUUUCUCGUGGGAGGAUCUAGCGUCAGUUGGUCCUGGUGUACUAGCUAUCCCUAAACAUAGGAUCCAGUAUUUUAAAUACAGAGACCGUGUGGUUUGGGACAAAGUCAGUCGCACCGAUGACGUUUUUGGGUCCACAGGAAGUGGGAAAACCAUCUUAGAAGUGAUGAAGGAAGAAGACACCCAAGCUAAGAAGGAAUUAUUGAAUUUUCCAAAUAGCCCCCAAGUCGAAGAACAGUUAGAUGGGGAUGCAGCCAAAGAGAAAGAGUUGAAUGGGACAAGUAGUGGAGAGAAGUUAGUGAUGGCUUUGGGUGAAGCAGGGGAUAAUUUGGAAUUGGCUGAAGACAUGUCCAACAACCAAGAAGGAAAUGUAUCCAGCAAAGAAAAGGGAAAAGAGACAAUCGGCUCAGUUAAGUGUGAAGAAUUCAAACAUGCUUGUGCUAUCGGAAUAGAAAAUGAACCAGUUAUGGUAAAGAGAGAAAACCUGGAUUUGGAAAAGAGGGAAGGGAGGAGCUUCACCUAUCCGAAGGAGCGCCCCACCCAUUUCAUAGCUAUCCCGAUCACCAGCCCAGAAAUCCGGGAAGUUGUGAAACUUUUCCAGGAGGCUGUGUGUGCUGUCAGCUCAGAUUACGCUCCCUUCUGUGUGCCCAGAGCUACACUGCAUAUUACACUUUGCCUGUUGCAUUUGGAUACCCCUGAAGAAAUCCACAAAGCGAUGAUGGCUCUGGAAGAACUUCAGGCUGGUUUUCAGCGACUGCUGCCUCCAGUCUUGCUUCUCUCCUUCCGUAAUGUGGAGACUUUUAAUUCACGGGUUUUGUACUUGGCACCAGACCCUGUACCCCAACUGGGAGCCCUGGCUCAAAAUCUGGAAAAUGGCUUCACUAAAAAGGGCUUGACUGUGAUUUGCCCUCCUUCCAAAGGGAAGUUCCAUUUGACCAUCGUGAAAAUUCCUCCUAGGAAGGGAAUGCCACAGCUCCCAUCAGGCUUAGCUUGGGCUCCUACGAUGGAGGAUUUAGGAGUCCAGGCAGUAGAGUCCAUUGGUUUGUAUGAGGUAGGAAAAGGCAAAAGAACCGAUAAUGUGUAUGUCAGCAUACUGAAAUUGGAUUUAUAUGGAGGAAGUGGAACUUAGUGGGAGAUACCUUCCAAAUGAACGUCUACUCUAACAGUGGGCAGGGCUGGGCAACUUGAAACUGUGUGGACUUCAAUUUCCAGAACUUCCCAGCAGCAUCUGUUUUUGGAGCACUUUAACUAAACUCUAAUGGAAAAGUUAAUCAAAAUGGGGCAGGGAGAACAAGAACAGGAACAUUGCAAUAAUACUUAUAUUUUUUGCCUUGCUUGAUUUAAAGAUUAAUAAUGCACAAUAAAAGCACGACAUUUUUACAAUCCCUUUUCAGAUACUUUUUAGAUAGAUAGGUAUGUUGCAUUAUUAGAGACUCCUUUGAAUUGAUAAGAGAAAUGAAGGAAAAAGAGGCUACAUCUUUUUUGUGGAAUUGUAUAAUUGAUGCCCACAGAUGAUCCUACGAAAGGACAUUCUGCUUUAAGGUGUUGCAAAGGCCUGACUGAAAUACUGUCAUACUUGUAUGCUCCAAGGCUGCUUCUGGUGAUUAAAUCCAACAUGCUAACCAACUCUGAAAGAAAGGCCUUGAUGCAUAAAUGCUUUAAAAGGUGCUGCAAAAGGCUGAAAUACUGGAAUUCUAUCUGUAUUAAACCAAAGCCCUUUGAGGUUGCAAAGAUGGAGAAUGUAGAGCAAUAUAAAGUAACUAGCUGUCUUGUGUUCUCUUAAGUUUUGUUUUGUUUUCUAAGGGGCACUGAAAGCUAAGGUGUAGUCUUUUCUUAUCUGGUUUAGUGUUUCUGAUCCAGUCCCAAUAGUCUAUGGUUGAGAGAAAGGUACUUUUGCUUUGUUUAGUAUAACCAAAUUAAGUGUAAUUUUCAAUGGUUAAAAAAAAAUGACCCCAUUUGUAAUAAAGGCCUUUGAACUGUACUUUAGUUUUCAAUCAAGACACGUAUCUCUUGAUAUAUAUAUAUAUUAAUGUUUGGGCAUGCAACAUACAUCCACCUUCGAAUUUGGGUGUUUCCAAGACUUCCAUCUCAGACAAGACUUUAGCUUGCCCUGUAGAUUAAAAAAUUAAGACAUGAUCCUCUUAACUGAUAGUAAGCUUUCUCAGUCCUUGGCUUCAUGCCGCUUAGCAGCUCAUUUGGUGCUGCCAUCACCAGAAAAAGCAAUGAGGAGCCCUUAACCUCUGGAGAAAAAAAGUAAAUUUUUAUUGAUAUUUAAGAAUGACAAGAGAUUCUCAAAUGUGCCAAGAUCCUCAGCUAAGAACAUUGCAUUAUGUUCCAGCCGUACUUCCUCUGGGGGACCACAGACAAGAUGCUGGCCAGCCACUUACGACCCACAGGUUACCUACCUCUCACAUAUUAUAUUGUAUUUUAUAUAUAUUGGCAUCCUUCAAUCUCAAGACCAUGGUAUCGUGCUCUGAAAAGAGGUCCUAAAACAGGAUCUAGUGUGGCUAAAAAGGCCAAUUUGAGAAUGGUAAUCCCUUCCACACUGAGGACAGAUAACAGUCCCCUGUCCAGCCCCCAGAUUUCGCUGGUUCUGAGACUGGCUCUUUGCCUCAGCCUGCCGAAUAUCUCUUCAAGUUGGAGAAGGCCAUGCUGCAUCUUUAGCCUCCAAGCUGAACAAUCAGAGGUCAAAGUUUUCCAGCUGUUAAUGUCCAUUCCCAAGGCCUUUUGAUUUCCUCUUGCAGAUCUCACAUAUACUUUGAAAAUAAUUACCCCAUCUGAGCACUUGUUAUAUACCUGCUUACGUUAGUAAGACUGCUCCAUACUAGAAGAUGUAGCUAACUAUAGUAACCUUGUCAAUUGUUCCUAUGAUAUUCUGAAACCAAACCAGUAUUAAAGAACCAUUAGCUCAUCAAUCUUCUCCAAUAAGUUUAAUAACAUUAUUUAUACUAAAGUACUAAAGGGAUUUAGCUUUAACAAAAACUAACAAUCCAAUUGAACUAGCUUGUCUCUUUAUACUUGAAAUAGCUACAGAAACACUGCACUAAGAUCCCUGACUUAUCCCUUCCGGCAGCAUGAGUAAGUCCUAAACCUCUGAACUGUUCUACAUGAAAUUCAGUCUGCUGGAAACAUUCAUCUCCCAUAAGACAGCCACAGAUAAGAAUGCAAAUCAGUGACACAAAUAUGUUCACACCUUUACCCCCCUGCCCCAUUGCCAGUAGCUGAAAUGUGCAAAACUGCGGAAAGACAAAACUUGUAAUUCAGGUAGUCCUUCAUUUAUGAUGGUAAUGGGGUCUCUGUCCAUCACAGUUGCAAGUUGUGAUGAUUGUGAAACGGGUUGGUCACAAAAGGAGUCCCCAAUACCUGGCCCGUGGCCCAGUACUACAUUUGCAUAAGCGGUGCAUGGAUAUACGAGACCAUCCUGUUCUCCCCACGCUGCCAGUCUGCAGAGCUGGAAAGAUUGGGGACCGCUGGGUCACCUGACCAACUUGAUUUUACUAUCUUUUUUGCAGCAGUUUUUAAAUGAACCAAUGGUUUUGUCAAAAACUGGAAGCAGAUGCUGUUUUUUGUUAAAGACGUAAACUGGAAUGCUGCAAACUAUCAAUGAGGGUCCAGCUGCUGAUCACCCAAAGUUUAGCCAUGUGACCUUGAGGGGAAUUGAAAUUUCUAAUCUGGCCUUAGGAAGCUCCCAAGUAGGUUUAUCACAACCAUGACUGGUUGCUAGCCAACCAGAUGUAAGUCAAGAAUCACCUGUUUAAGCAGAAAUAGACAAUGACCACCCUUUAGAAUAUUAGAUUCACUGCUGCCUCUGACCCCUGCUAGGCUUUGAACAGCACCACACUGAAGCAGAUGAUGCUGUUUUAAUAAACUGACUUUAAUCAAAUGGAAGAAAAUUCAGGUUUCUGAAAAGGAAAAAGGAACCUUUGAAAAAUUCAGCCCAAGCCAAAAUAUCCCAAAAUUACACAUGUUCAAAAACAAAAAGAAAAAGGUGUUAGAGCAAAGGAGAACAGAGGGGAAGAAAGGUGAUUAUGAGAAGCUAAAGAGACUAAGAGUAGGGGAGAGGGUGAGAGAAAGAAAACAGAAAAAAUUAUUGGACAAUCUUUCAAAACUUGAAAAACAAAACUGAAACAAUAUGACAAGAGAAAAAUGAAAAUGGGUGGAGCAUUUUCAAGUUUACCUGUAAAGAACUGAGGACAGAGGGAGAAAAAAACAAAUUAAAAAAACUUAGCAUGACAACUCCAGAACACAACAGAAGAGGAGACUGUGAAGAUCAUCUUGUUUGUUGGUCUGAUUUCACAGCUUCGCACCGUGCCUUCUCUGGAUUUGCUUUGUUUGUCGUGGCCACAUCCUUGCGGGGUUUUGUAACAAAGAAGUCUCUCACAUUCUC